AUCAAUUUUUGUUGUUUGGUGAAAAAAAUUACAAAAUUUUGAAUUAUUUUGCAAUUUGAAUUUGAAAAAGCGUCGUAAAAGCGUUGAAAAUUAUUUCGAUUUCUAAUGCCAGUGAUUUUUCACACGCAGGUAGAAUUUUCUGUCAUUCAAACUUGAAAUUGUUAUGUUGCGUGCUAUCAAUCGAAGCAGAUUUUUACUCAAUGACAGUGUUUUGAAUAACACUUACAAUGUGAUGAAAUUCAGAAAACGACUCAAUCAUGAAAAACCGCCGAAAACUUUUCUGGAACCAGAUGAUUCAUUUGAAUUGGGCAAUUUUGAAAAUGAUGUGAAACCCUUUCUGAAGCAUAGGAAGAAAGCAGAAGCACGCAAAAUUUUAGAAGAUGAAGUGAAGAGAAACGAGAUUCCUAUCAUCGUAUGUAAAAAUUCUAAACUGAAUCACUAUAGGAACCAAACCUACGAUAAGUUCGCACCAAUUCCAUUGGCAUCGGAGCAUUGGAGAAGUCAUAAGUUUGUUGGUGAUCAUUUCAAGAUCAAAAUCCAUACGAGAGAUUAUGAACUUCAAAGUAGGAAAGAGAUUGUUCCUUUUGAUGAAAGUGGUUUGAAACAGGAAAUUCUCGAUAUUGUGAAAUCGCAUAAUGUAGAAUCGAUGUCUGAAAUCCAACGGCUAGCUAUUCCUGCUGUUUUGUCAGGAAAAAAUACUUUAUUGGGGGCUGAAACUGGUUGUGGAAAAACAUUAGCGUACUUAUUACCGAUUCUAGAACAAAUCCUAGUUUGGAAAGCUAAAGCAACCCAACCAUCGUUUAAUGCGCCGUAUGUUUUAAUUUUAGUUCCUAGUCGAGAAUUGUCUGAUCAAGUCAAGGAUUUCUGUGAAUGGUUUGAAGAAUUAGGCAUUAAAACCAAGGCGUUAGUCGGUGGUAACCUCGGUAGCAAGAUAAGUAAUGCAUCAUUCGAUGAAAUUGAUAUAUUAGUUUCAACACCUUUCGCAGUUCGAAAAUUCAUUGAUGCUAAUAUUUAUUCCUUGAGAAAUCUUCGUCAUACGGUAUUAGAUGAGGCUGAUUGUUUACUGGAUGAUAGUUUCAAUGAAUCGUUGACAUCGUUUCUUCAUACGUUGAAUCUUAGAAGUGCACCAUCUCCUGGUAAAGACGUCGGAGUACAGUUAACAAUGGUUAGCGCUACUUUACCCACCAGUAUAUCCGAUAUUCUUCAAGAUAUAAUAGAUGUUGAAAAUUUGGAAAUGAUUACUACAGAAAAGUUGCAUGCCGUUAUGCCUCAUAUCACUCAUGAAUUUAUACGAACAGGACGAGCUAACAGGCCUUCAUUUUUUCUCCAUUUAGCUAAAAAAGACUUUAAAAAGAAAGCACCUUCAAUUAUAUUUUGUAAUCAUGCGGAAACAUCUACUUGGGUGAAUUCAUUUUUGGAAGAUAACGGAAUACCCAAUAUAUUAUUACAUGGAGAAAUGCAGUUACAUGACAGACGUGGUAAAUUCAAGUCUUUUCAAAAAGGAGAUGUUAAUACAUUGGUGUGUACUAGCCUUGCAGCAAGAGGAUUAGAUACCAAUCGAGUGGAACAUGUGAUAAAUUAUGAAUUCCCAUCAUUUAUAGCAGAAUACGUUCAUCGUUGCGGACGAACGGGUAGAUUAAGCUCUAAAAAAUCUGGCACCGUUACCAAUUUGAUUUCUGGACGAAACGAAAUCGUCUUGGUGCAAAAAAUUGAAAUGGCUGUCAGAACGAAUUCGAGACUUGAAAAUGUUAAUCCUAAUAUUAAACGUAUAGUGAAAUACCACAAAGCUUCCGAUUUAGAAAAAAAAUUGGGAUUACUAUCUUGAUUGAAGAACUACGCGAAUUUUUAACUGUUGUUUUUUAUAAUUAUUAUUUUACUUGACGAUUUCUGUAAUUAAUUUUUACGAAUUUGAAAUGUUCUAUAAAUUUUUGCUGAACGGUU